ACGUAGACUUAAGUCUUUUAUCCGUAGCCACACCCGAUUCAAUCUCGGUCCACUUCAGUCCUCCGCUUUUCCAAUUUCAGACAUCGCCACCGUCGAAACCGGAGGAGCAGAAUUAUCCAAAAACCGAUCAUAACAGCCGACGGAGAUGGAGGAAGAUAACAUCAACAGUAGUAUAAUAGUGGAUACAGCAAAGUCGAAGGAUGCAGUGUGGUUACUCAAGUGUCCUUUAGUUGUUUCCAAAUCAUGGCAAGCCGCCGCCGCCUCCGCCGAUUCACCGCAACUUUCUAAAGUCAUUGUCUCUGUUGAUCCUCUUAAUUCCGAUGAAUCUUCUGCUCUUAAAUUCACUAUGGAGAUGGGUGGAAAUGAUACUGGGAAUGUGCCGAAAAGUUACUCCUUGAAUAUGUUCCAAGACUUUGUCCCAAUGUGUGUGUUCUCGGAGACCCCUCAAGGAAGAGCUUCCAUGGAAGGAAAGGUCGAACAUAAGUUUGAUAUGACACCUCAUACUCGUAACAUGGAGGAGUAUAGGAAAAUGUGUCGUGAAAGGACAAAUAAGUCAAUGAUCAAGAACAGACAAAUACAGGUCAUUGAUAAUGAUCGUGGAGUCAAUAUGAGGCCCAUGCCUGGGAUGAUCGGCUUGAUUGCGUCCAGUUCUAAGGACAAAAAGAAGGCGGCUCCUGUUAAGGGGCCAGAAGUCAAGAGAACUAGAAGGGACCGUGGCGAACUGGAAGAUAUCAUGUUUAAGCUUUUUGAGAGACAACCCAAUUGGACUUUGAAGCAGUUGGUGCAAGAAACAGAUCAACCUGCGCAAUUUUUGAAAGAGAUAUUGAAUGAGCUUUGCGUGUACAAUAAAAGAGGAACAAACCAAGGAACAUACGAGUUGAAGCCAGAGUAUAAGAAAUCUGUAGAGGACACAGGUGCUGAAUGAAUUGUCCCUAUGUUAGGUCGUGGAACCUAGAGUUUUGGUAGAAUUAGUGUCGUGAACAUUAUACCUCUAUCUUUCACCAAUUGAUAGGUGCUUUAGUACGCUGUCAUCGUCAAUCAUGAAUGGAUGUAUGAAUUUUGUCCUUUAUGGAAAUGGAAUUAUAGAACUGAACCUCUAUUCUUUUGUUGUAUAAAUUUACCCCAUGGAAAAGGGAAGAAGGUUCGCCAACUUUAUUGUAUAAAUUGCUGGGUCGCUGAACAUUGCAUACAUAAGACCCAAUGUAAUCUAGCAAAAUUGUGCAAAGCAAAGAGUUUAAUGCA